GACACCGGCAUUCCGUUCUCCGCAGUCAUUAUUGCCGACCGUGUUAACGUCGUCCCACCGAACACGUGCGUGAUAGCUUGUCACAAAAGCAUCACACAAAUCAACAGUAUUAACACUUAAUAAUUACUUAACGGCAACAACGAUAAUAGCCGAACCGUUGAGUAGCCCAAAAAGGGUUUGAAUUACAAGAAACGAGAAAACCGCGUCAGCCCACUGUUCAGUUGCCGACGAUGUGCGACAGCCGUUUGUGAUUUGUGUGAUCCGUGAACACGCCCGCGAUGGACAAGUACGUGAAGCGCAUCAAGAGAAAGGAAGACGGCAGCUUCGACGACACGGACAAAUUCUACAUGCCCGGCGGCCAGUGUUUGGUUGCGGAUGAUGACGGUGAUGGCGAUUUGGCCAGCGUCUUACAACCCGCGGCCCCUCAAAAGACCGAACAAUCGGACUCGCCGCCAUCGCCGAUUUCGUCCGUAUCGCCGGCAUCGGCGGACUUAUCGAAAAAAACAAUAGGAAAAAUGAAACGUAACUACGUUUCCAGACGUUUGCUGUUUGAUGAUGGAGAAAAAACCAGUGUCGAAGAAUCUGUUAAUGAACAAAUGGUCAUUAACUCUCGGUCAAUUAAAGGCUCUAAAGAAAAGACGGUCCCAGAAGUCAAUCCCUAUCAGACUAUCAUCGACUCUCUGUCGGCACGCGGUUUCGUUGUCAACGAUAAUUACAGUCACUGCAAGAACGGCUCGUCCCCAGGACAAUGUCUGUUGGCCGUCUUAGACCCGCAGACCACGGGCACGGAAAGCGAAGACAGCGGCAUACUGACGUCGUCGUCGUCGUCGUCCCCGCCGCCCGUCUUCAGACAGUUCACGUGUCUGUCAGUGUUCGAGGGCAUUUCUUACAGCGUGCGCGUGGCGGACGCCGGCCCGGCAGCCGACGAGUCUAUCAAUACGGCCAAAGUGUUGGCGAUAAUCGGCCCGCACCCGUACAUCGUGUCGUACUUCUGCAACUGGUCGGACGCCCGUUACCAUUACAUACAAACGGAACUGUGCCAGGCCAGCCUGUCGUCGCUGCGCAUGAACUGCGUCGCCGACUGCCAGACCGUGUUGGAGCACGUCUCGUGCGCGCUCCACUAUUUGCACGACGGCAAGAUGUACGCGCACAACCGCGUCACCCGCCCGAACGUGUUCACGGCCAUGGACGGCGAUCGCGUCGUGUACAAGCUGGGCGGGUUCGACGGGGCUACCAAACUGACGACGACCGACGGCAGCGCCGGGGCCGCCGACGUCCAAUCUCUGUGCCUGAUGGUCUCCGAGCUGAUCAAGGACGGCGACGUCCGGUGGUCCGCGGACGAGGACGACGACCUGCGCCAGUAUCUGUCGUCCGUGACGCAACAAACCGGAUUUCCGGCCUCCGCGAGCGCCCUGUCCGUCUGGCGGUGGUGUUGCAGCGCCCGUCCGCCGCUACAGCGGACGCGCCAGCCCAGCAUGUCAGCCAUGAUGUACCGGACCGUCGGUACGGGCGGCGGAGAAGGAGAAGCAAGAGCAGCAGCAGCCGGCCAGGCCGCAGUGGCGACGGCGUUGUCGUUCGGGAAAACCGCCGCGCGUCGUGCUCCCUACGGGGUUGCUGAAGCCGCCGCCUCGACGAGCAAAUGACGGCGGGGUAAAAGAAAAGAGAGCGUUUGAAUACACACAAUAAAUUACCAAGGUCGGUGCUAUUUGUUGCGAGAGCUAACCAGUUUUAGUUUUCUUUUUGUUUGUUUAAGUUAUUGAAUUAUUAUAUCGCCGUACGUAGUGCGACGACGACUACGUUUUGUGCGACGAAAUUUAAAAAAUUUGUGCGGAAACGACGUUUUUCUUUUCGUUUGGUGCGCAGACUAAGUAGUUCCUGUUUAUCCAUUAAACGUAUUUUUAUUGUUGAAAAAUCUCAUCUAUUGAUUUUUUAUAUAAGUGUACCUACCUAUGAGUAGCGUUGU